GGUCCGCUUAGGUGGGCAAGUGACUCGCCCGUCGCUUGGAGUCCAGCGCCCGUCUCCGCGGGAAAAGGACCCGAUCUUUGCAGUUCCCAGUCUGGUUUUCCUGUGACCAUUUUCAAGUCUCUGAAAGGCGAGCCUGGAUUUUGAUGUGUUGCCAAGUUAUAAACGCAGUUGAACAUGAAUGAUUGGAUGCCCAUUGCCAAGGAGUAUGACCCGCUUAAAGCUGGCAGCAUUGAUGGCACUGAUGAAGACCCCCAUGAUCGUGCAGUCUGGAGGGCAAUGUUGGCACGAUACACACCCAACAAAGGUGUCACAGGAGACCCCCUCCUCACCCUGUUUGUGGCAAGACUAAACCUGCAGACCAAAGAGGAGAAGUUAAAGGAAGUAUUUUCCCGCUAUGGGGAUAUCCGGCGACUUCGGCUGGUGAGGGACUUGGUCACUGGCUUUUCGAAGGGCUAUGCCUUCAUCGAAUACAAAGAAGAGCGGUCUCUGAUCAAAGCUUACCGAGAUGCAGAUGGCCUGGUUAUUGACCAACAUGAGAUAUUUGUGGACUAUGAACUGGAAAGAACUCUCAAAGGGUGGAUUCCCCGACGACUCGGAGGAGGUCUGGGAGGGAAAAAGGAAUCUGGGCAGCUGAGAUUUGGGGGGCGGGAUCGGCCUUUUCGAAAACCCAUUAAUUUGUCAGUUGUUAAAAACGAUGAAUAUAGAGAGGGACGAAGGGAAAAGAGGGAGCGAUCUCGAUCCCGAGAAAGACACUGGGACUCGAGGACAAGGGAACGAAACCAUGACCGGGGCCGGAAGAGAUGGCAGGAAAGAGAGCCAGCCAGAGUGUGGCCUGAAAAUGACUGGGGGAGAGAGAGAAACUUCAGAGACGACAGGGCCAAGGGGAGGGAGAAGAGGGACAGAAGUAAGUAGAGGUUCACCAUCACCACCAGAGUCCCAACUAAGAUACAUAAUAAGUACACACACACACACACACACACAUAGACCUGCAUUGCCUUUAUAUGAAGCGUAAGUUCAAUGCUUGAAUAAAACUGAUAAUGGGUUUUAGAGUAAGUUUUCUUUCUAGUCUGGAGCCCAGGUUCAAGCUGAACAUGCUGGUAUUGCAAAUUUCUCUUCAUCUUGUGUUCUAAGCUUAUUAAAUAAGUUCAUGUUAUUUAAUAAAUUUGAGAAACAAUUUUGUACUUGCCAGCAUCUGUACUGAAGGACAUGUGUAAGGGGCCAUCAUUCUCAUUUAAUUUGCUAGUUGAGAAUUUGUUUUGAGAAUUUGAUUUUGUGCCGUCUAUUGGAAAUGACCAUUUUGAGGGCUUGGCUUUCCUUUUUUGGUGAGGAGGCUGGCAUUUAAAAUGAAAAACCAGUUGCUGGGCUCUGGGGUUGUGAUUUGUGGCAAUCUUCCAGCCCUUUGAAAAGAUAAAGCUCAAAAGAAGUGAUUAAGAAAAUGAAAUCAGUAAAAAGUUUGUAUCUGGUUCUGAUGGAUUUGAUUUGUCUUUUCCCUUUUGAUCAUCUGGCCUCUCAUUUAAGAGCUAGAAACAUUGCCCUUAACUCCUGAUGACUUUUGAGUUAAUACUGUACUGUUCACGUGGUUUUUUUGAAAAGCAACGCUUAGCAUUUUUGUUCUAUCAAUGGCUGUAUCUUUGAAAGUUCAGGUUCUUAAAAUUCAAGAUGUUUCAUGGAAAAUAAAUGUCUGAUUUAGUAUCAAGA